CCCUGCAACCACUGGCUCUGCAAUAUAAAUACUCUCCUCCCUUUUUUGAUUUCUCUCAGAACGAACCAACACCCACACGCAAUUCUUCUUCUGCUCGCUAGCUGCUCCCUCCCUCCCUCUCUUUCUCGCCGCCUUGCUUCCGACCCACCCUCCAACAAUGAAGAAAGUGGUUCUCAAGGUCGACGUACACGAUGACAGGACGAAGCAGAAGAUCAUGAAGGCCGUCUCCACUCUCCCAGGGAUCGAUUCGAUUGCCGUUGAUAUGAAGGAGAGCAAGAUGACCGUCAUUGGGAGCGUAGAUCCGAUCGAGAUUGUUACCAAGCUGAAGAAACACCAUUGUCACUGUGAUAUACUGACAGUCGGACCACCAGCCGACCCGAAGAAAGGAGACGAGAAGAAGCCGGACCCGAAGAAAGAGGCGGAGAAGAAGAAGGAAGCCAACCAGCAGCAGGCGCAGAUGUUUCAUCCUUACACGGUGGGUUACAACUACGAGCCUUAUCCGUACAUGGCGCAGCCGUCUUACAAUCAUCCCCACAACCUGAAUUACAAUUACCGAUUGGUGAGUCCCGACGAGAAUCCCAACGGCUGUGUCAUUUGCUGAAAUUCACCAAUUAGAGGUAAUAGAUGUAUAUGGAUGUGGCGGUGGCGGUGGGAGAGCUGGGAAAUAGAAAGGGUUUUUUUUCUUCCGUGAUGUGGGUUUUCUGUUAUUAUCAAUAGGAAGUGAGGAUUUCAUAGAUGUGGUUGUAUAAACAAACUCUGUAGAAAUUGCAAGCUCGAUUAUGGAUGCAGAGAGGCGGUACUUUUUCCGGGGAAAAGUUCUCUGUUUCUGGGUCUCUUUAUUUCUCUGUUCUGGGGUUUCCUCGCUCGUCUCGUCUGUGUUCUUUUUCUUUGGAUUGAGAAAAACAACUUUUGAUCAGCCUA